GGCUCGGGCCGAACGUCGUGGGCCUGGCUCGGUGAUGAUUGGUGGUUCAUCACAAACCUAACUGUUUUAACGGUCAGACAGUUCCUACGUUACAGGCAGACAAGGUCAAGUUCAAGUAUCAUUGGUCCUCUGCUCUUCAUUACAUUGACACUCCUGACAAACUCUGUAUUUACAGCUACAAUAGGGACUGCAAUGAUGAGAAUGGAGAGAAGGGGAGGUGUGUUGAUGGGGCUAUCCAGAAUUACACUACCCAGCUGCUUACUUACAAAUGUGGUGUGAUCAGUCCUCCAAAUCUGACUAUAACCUGACAGAAGCCCCUUCUCUUCCUUUCCCAUCUCAUGGGAGAUAUCCACCAGGUAACAAAAAAAUCCACUCUUUUCACCUUCUUACUGCUUGAUUUUAUGUUUGUUUCAUUAUGGGUUAGUAUUAUUUGUGGGUUUUUGUUUUCCUCUGCAGCCGCUUCAUGUUGGAUUUCAC